UCUGUCCCUAUUCACAACACUCUAAUACGUGAACUACUUUAUUUUGUAAAUAUAUUGUUGUGUUUUGUCGCCGUUUAAAAUGUCAACUUACCGUAAACUGCUUUACACGCCGCUCUUCGGUUCUCAGUCGUUCCAACCUGACAAGAAAACAGGACGAAACGGAGAAAACAAACUGAGAAAGAAAAAGAACACUCUGACUCAAGAGGGAACUCCACUUAUGUUUGACACGAGUCCUGAAAUAACACCAUGCUUUUCAAGAAAGGUGAAAAUACACCACCUUUUGAGGGUUUACUCGAAUGUGGGGAUGUCGAAGAAAAAAUCGUCGGUUAAUCUGAGGGAAUCUAACGGCAGAAAACCACCACAGCGCGCCAAACAUUCAGUGAGAGAACCAUCCUCUGAUGAUUUUGCAUUUCCGUCAAGAAGGACUCGAACCGAAAAUAAAAUGGCCCGAACAAAACAGGAUGUGUUGAGGACGAUCAAGAGAAUGGUGGAGGAGAACAGGGUCAUCAGAGUGCGAUUACUCACCUUGAGGCAGAUGAGCAGAAGCAAAUGAGGUUUGCAUAUGUCUGCAGGUGGUACCACAUGCAAAGAACAUUUAAGAGGAAAAGACAAUUCUCUGUUAAAUGCUUUUGUAAACUAGAGAAG